GUUCUUCCUAAAGGAGAGAGCAUAAGGCAGCAAAGUAAAUCAGGCUGUAGAGGGGGAGGGAGAAAAAAAAAUCAUCUAUAUAAGUCUUUGAAAACCAAGGCAACUGAACAAGGGAAUAUGCAUUCACACAUGAAUUCAAGCAGCACAGACAAAGGAGUCACUUUAUCAGUGUCCCUGGAGAACAGAAAUAGACGUGAUGGGCAUGGGGAGCUGGCAAACUGAGGAAUGCAGGCAGCGAUAAGCCACAGGUGCACACUGCAUCAGACAGAUCUUCAUACAGCAAGAGCGUACAUCAUUUCAACACCUAAGAAGUUUCAUUGUCACCUCAGCUGAAGAAUUUUCUCAAGAUACCAUGGUCAUCUCUGUUCAGAAUGUUACAGCCAACACGGCUGUGGUCAUUUGGCCAUCAAUCGCAAGCUGUGCCGACAGCUUCUAUAGUGUCAUGUAUCAGUCCAACUGGAGUACAAAGUUGUCUGGGUAUUCCAGAGAGAAAUUUAAGGAGGAGCGGAUACCUACAAGCCGAACAUUCCAUACUGUGGAGAACCUCACUCCCCUCACAACAUAUAUUCUGUGUGUGACUUGUCAGUCCGCCAGUCCAGCCAGUGACCAGUGCAAAGUCUUUCACACUUUAGACCAAGAUCCAGCAACUGUAAACAGCAAGAAAAAAGAUCUAGCACUAGGUAUUUGGCUCACAAGCAGCAUUAUACUUCUUAUUAUAGCUUGCAUUUUAAUCUAUGGCUGCUUACACAUAUGGUGGCGAAAGCGUCAAGAACGUGCUAUGGCCCAAAAUGCCGUAAGCAACGACAAGAACAAGAGACAGGCCUGGACAAAAAAUGAACUAGUAGAGGAGUAUGAGAAGCCUGGCCUGUUAGCAGUGACCGAGGAGAAGAGAGAGGAAGUCUGCGCAGACAACACCCCAGAAGACACUCAAAAUGAUCCUUUAACAGCAGAUGAAACCAAUAGCCUGAACUGCACUGAUAAAGAACAAAAGGCUGCAAAACUAACUGCAGCGUACUGACAAUGGCCAUGCCUCAAUGUGUCUUCAAUAGGUCACUAAUCAAGUAGACCUUAAAGAAUCAUAACAGCAGUAAAUUGGUACCAGAUUAAAAAAAUAUAAAAAAUAUCACAGAUUUAAGCCUAGUCACGAUCAGAAAAUCGUACAAAAAAAA